AUGGCACUUGACAGAGGCCAAUUUGAAGAAUUCCUUCAGCAGGAAUUUGGCCUAACUCGAAGGGGUGGAAGGCCCACUUACAGAAAGCCCUAUCCAGAGUUCAUUGAUGAAGUUGAAUUUCCAAGGAAUUUCAGAAUUCCAGAGUUUGCAACGUUCAAUAGAGAGGGCGAACAGUCUACCUUGGAACAUAUCAGUCGGUUCACUGUUCAGUGUGGAGAAGCAGCAGCCAAUCCAUGGCUGAAGGUACACUUAUUUCCAAAUAUACUGACUGGGUAUGCUUUCAGGUGGUAUUCCAGCUUGCCAGCCAACUCCAUUCAAAGUUGGCAGCAAUUUGAGGAUUUAUUCCAUACUCAGUUCUAUAGAGCUGAGCUUGAAGUGUCCAUGGCAUACCUUUCCAGACUUCAUCAACUACCUGGAGAGUCUGUGAUGAGCUUCCUUUCCAGAUUCAGGUGGGCUAAGUUCAAAUGUAAUUUGUCUUUGCUGCCGAAAGAAUAUAUGAAGAUGGUUGUGAACGGCCUAGAAUUUGAACUUUGCAAGAAGUUUGAAGGUGUACAGUUCCAUGACUUGUUCAACUUGGUUGGCAAAGUGGCUAAGUAUGAAGAGCUCCUUCGUGAGGAGCAAGAUAGGAAGAACACUUCCAAGGGCACCUACUAUCGUGAUCCUAACUUUGAGGUAUAUACCACUGAAACUGAAGGGGAGUUUGAAGUCAACGUAGCCGAGCUCAACAUAAAGAAGGCUUACACUUGUGAGGCCUUGACAAAACCGAAAUCAGCUAUGGCUAACUUGCAGGCCGCCUCUGGUUCCAAGUGGAAGGGGGCAAACUCUUCCAGAAGUUACUCUUUUGACAUUUCUAAAGCCGAGCAAAUCUUUGAUUUGCUCAUGGCUGACAAGUAA